AUGUGCUUGAGUGAGAGUGUGUGAGACAAAAGAGCAAAGCUGUCAGUAGAAUGGGUUUGUACCCUCUCCCCUCUAUCCUCUCGUCUUCUCCUCUGUCUCUUCUGUCCUCCUUCACCCUCCUUUGCCAGCAUCUCACCCUGGGCACCCACAGUGUCAGCACUCAAGAAAAAGGAGCCUCGUCCGGUGGACGGGCAGCUGAAAACUGAACUUCAAUGUCAGCGGGGGACCAAAGGAAUGGAGGUGACAAACCAAGAGACGGCAUCAGUGGUUGAGGUGUGGCCAGAGGUGGAGAGGGCCGAGUGUUUGGCCCGCGGUGCUGCUUUGAAGUGGGCGUCCGGUGUUUUCUGUCGGCCUGAACAUCUGGAGCGGCUGAGCCAGUACAGGAAGAGAGAAAGUCAGAGGACUGCCUCCGUACACACCAGACUCAAGUCCAUGGUGCAGUCGUACCUGGAGGGGGUUGGCUGGGGCCUGGAGCAGCUCCGGGAGGCCAGGAGUGAGUUGACGGAAGUGUCGCACACUUUGAAGAAAGCUGCACUUGAAUCCAGUCGAAACGUGGAGGGGGUGAUGUCUCUGGAGAGGCUGAGAGAAGUGUCAGUCAACCACCAUCAGCUCCUCGCUGCUGUCAGCAACCUGCCACGAUUGUACUCUGUGCGGAGCAUGGUGUUGGAGACAGAGCGACUGGUGGAGUCCCGGCGGCUCCUGGAGGCCCAUGCUCGGCUGAUGGAUCUGGAGCGCUGGCAGGACGACAUCCUCUGGCAGCUGCAUGGGGCUGCCGCGGCCUCGGGAAGUGCGCUGAGCACUGAAGACCAGGAACUGGUGGCCAAAUAUUUCUCUGGUGUAGGGCAUCUGGUUGACACCCUUGGGAAGGAGCUGUGGGUGGUAGUGAGCAGCGCUCUGGCUCUGGCCCGACAAAACCCCACACCAUUUGUAUCGGCGGUGAGGAUAGUGGAACGAGAGGAAGCCCUGGACCGAGCUCUGCUGGAGGAGAGAGGGCACGCCGGAGGCAGCAACAGGCCCCUGCCCCCUGCACGGCCUCGCUGCUGGAGAGCAUGCUUCUUCCAGGUACUAGAGGAGGCGGUCUUCGCACGUAUUCGUAGCAUUUCCUACCUGCACACGCGGGGUCCCGGGCUGGCAGGCCACCUCUCUGCGCUCCAGCAUGGCAUCGUGGCUGACCUGGCCACUGUACGCCACCUGCUGGAGCACUGCGUCCCACCACACUACCGGCUAACAGGAGCCUACCUGAGGGCUAGCCAUCACUGUUUACAUGCUCACCUGACACAGGUUAGCAGCUGGGACCUGGAGAGCGGUGAAAUCUUUGCUGUGCUAAAUUGGGUGCUACACAUCUACAGCAGCCCAGACAUGAUGGGUUGUCCAGAGCUGAUGGAGGAGAUGGAGAAGGAAGAGCUGGGACCUCUCAUCUCCACUGAGGGACUGGAGCAGCUGCAGAACAAAUAUGUGCAGAGUGUUCGGAAGAGUGUGUCCGAGUGGAUGCGUAAAGCUCUACAGGUGGAGCUGCAGGACUGGCAACGGGACCAGGAGCCGGAUACAGACCAUGAAGGUUUCUACCAAACCAGCCUGCCUACUAUCAUCACACAGAUGCUGGAAGAGAACGCUCGGGUGGCACUGAUGAUUGGAGAAUCCCUACGAGACCAGACUGUACAGAUGGGACUGUAUGAGAUGGAGAACCUCUUAAACAGGUUUCGGGAAGCUCUAGUGGAAUUUGGGAAAGAGCAUCGCAGGGAACCAAGCAACAACCAGAACAAGUUCCAUCUCCACUAUCUGCUGGCUUCCAUCAGCAACUGCAUCAUCCUCAAGAAGUCUACAGAAAACCUGCAGCAGCAGCAGUCAUGCUGGUCGGCGGGCCAGCUCUCUCGGACUCCUCCCAACCCCCUGGCAGCUUUGGACCGGGCGGUGAGACGGGCUUGUCACCUGGUGAUGGAUCAGUUCCUCUUGGACCUUCAGCCUUUCCUCCCAGGCCUGCUGACCCGACCCUGGCUGGUCCAGGGACACCCCACACCCAAACUCUGCAAUGUCCUGGAGCACCACCUGGAGCUGUACGGCCGUGUUCGGCCCCCCUGUCGUCAGCGUCUGCAGGAGGAGGCCCAGUGGCUGCUGGUGGUGGAGUAUGUCAGGGCUCUUAUGCAGAAGAGGCUGGUGUGCCGCAGCACCGAGGAGAGGAGGCAGCUGGCUCAGCAGAUGGUUCAGGACGACCAGCUGUUCAGAGAAGUCUUCCCUAGUCUGGAUAGUGAAGGGUCAGUACCUGAGGUGAACCCUUUAGCCCUGCUACCCAUCCUAGCUGACUUCAUCCGACUCAAAGACCCUGGCAUGCUCACUCUGGAAGUGUCAGGACUCGCAGCCAAAUACCCUGACAUCAGUGAAGAGCACGUGUCUGUACUUUUGGACAUCCGUGGUGAUGUCUCCAGAGACAUCAGGGGGGCUGUGCUGGACUUGCUGGAGCAGAGCGCCCCCCCUCUGCCAAUAGGAUAUCGACCCAUCUUCACUGAUAUCCUGGUGCCUCCCUCCACCAUGGCCUUCUGUCUGCCCACUGCUAAGUGCGCAUGACCGCAAGAACUCAAACUUUAUUCUGUGCUCAUAUUUUCACAUUAAAAUCAGGUUGGGUCUGGUUCUCGGUUGGAUUGUCCAGGUCCCCUUAGCUUGUUAUACUAGAAUAUUAGGACCGAGCAGAAACCUGUUUAGUUUCGAGGUAUGCUGUUGGAUGGCUACCCUGUUGUGUUUGUUCCUCAGUGGCAUCCGGCUCCACACUUACAUCGUUACACCCAUCAUUCAUAGUGGGAGCUGUUCAGUGCCACCUUCACUCUUCUUUUGUCACCCACUGAAGCAGGUGGGGGGUUCAGGGCCUUGCUCAAGGACUCCUUAACAAUGGGAGAGUGAGAUAUAUUCAUUUCCUUCACCAGAGAUUUGAGCUGGUCCUUGCUGGUCUAAUUAAAACUCCUUUGUCUUGUAAAAUCCUGAAUCUAUUAGCCACUGUGGCUGAUGAGGCAAAAAGUGCUGCUUUAAUGCCUUAAAAAUAUUAACAUGCUAUCAUGUUCAGCAAUUUGUGCUACUGAUUUAAAGUUGCAGUAAGCAACCUUUUAAACAGCUGUUUUAAAACUGUUUCAUCUUCUCAUUCAGUAACCAUGUAACAUAUUAGUGAACUGCACAUUUAUGCUUGCCAAAAUUUCAGAGGUUGCGAUGCCAUCAAAUUUAAGGUGCAGCUUUAGUGAUCCUACGUUACUUUUGCUGGUCAACUGCAAUUAUAACCACAAAAAGAAUUCUGUGAUAAGAAUGAAAUGUCAUUGUUUUCUGAGGACAUACUAUAUAUACGGUUGUGUGGGGUUACAACAAAUUGUUGUAGAUUAUCAUCAUUGUCAGAUACACAGAUAUGUAAAUGUCAAAAUGUUAUUUAAAGAGUCCAUAACUGCUCAUUUAGCUUGUUUUCAGCCAUUUAAUGUUUAACCUUGGGUACCUCUAGAUUAGUUCAGCACCCCUCAUAACCCCCAAUAGUUUGUAAUUGUUUCAGAAUCAGAGAGCCAGAUAGCCUCUUUCUUAAAACAAGAGGAUAGUUCGUGAACCCGCACAACUCCUUUUGCCAGUUUUGUCACAAGUGGACAGCACAAUGAACUGACAGAAUUAAUGUGAAUGUCUCCUCCAUAGAUAGGUAAAAAAUG